UGUGUAUUCGGAGGUGGUAGGCUAACAGGCCUAAAUAGCCUCUUGGACCGAAGCGAGGGCGGACCCAGCGACACGUGACCCGCCGGGUACUAACAGAACGAGGUCGUGCCACCUGUAUACUCAUCUUUUUUGACUCCCUCGACCUCAUAUUUUCUUUCCACAAUCCGACUCACCUGAUUCACACGGCAAAGAUGGCUUCAGAGAGUAUUUCUGUCCCUCGCAACAAGCGUUGGUCCGCUGUCUCGGCCUCCGCCAAUGCCGACAUGGCAUAUCAAAAGUUCCUGAAGGAAACUCCAGAUGCAUAUGAGUAUGUGUGCGUCUGCAAACAACCGGGUGGUGAAGACGACGAGGAAGAGGAGAGUGAAAACGGGAAAAACCAACCGAUCGAGUGUGACGGAGGCCAAACCUGUCUGUGUCGCAAGCCGGCUGCCGAUCAUCCUGAUCAUCCGUGGACGCUUACCAAGGCUGCCAUGGAUAAAUUGACCACGUACCGCAUCAUGGUGGAUCUGCGUGAUCCGGAUUUAUUUUCUAUGUACACUUUCAACGACCAUUCCGGUUACGGCGCGAUCGAAAUGGCGCAGAAUCUGCUGCUUGAUUUCCAGGAAGCCUCGGGCAAUUGGCAAGAGCAGUGGGUGGUGUGUGAAACGCUCGCGUUGUUGCUUGUUGGCGACUGGCUUGCACCCAUGAAUAUGGUCGACAAUGGGGAUCUUGCCCAAGAGACAGUGAUUCUGCUUGAACAUAUGUUCCUCACCAUGCUCGCUGAGCUCGAGAAGCAGGACUCUCUGGGCGCCAACUCUAAUGUUCGUAAUCUCGGUUUGAUAAUGGGAUUUUAUGCCAGUAAAGCCAGUGAGGUGCACUCCGCCGGCUAUGUCAACACGGACACCGACUCAGAGGCGAAGACGUAUCGAGGACAGAAUUUUGUGCCCUAUCUGCUCGGAUAUACCCGCAAACAUAACAUCGCCAUGCACGGGCCGUCCGAUAUUGAUAAGAUCAUUGCCGAGGGUGAGGAGGAGGCAGAAGAGAACGACGUCAAACUUCCAACUGCCAAGAAAGACCCCUGGAAAUGGGCGACGGCUUUCAGGGCAUACGAGCGUAAGAACCAGGCCGCUUCCCAUGGUAGGCGCCGCAAGACAAAGAUUGGUGGUGACUCCCUGGACAUUACCACCUUUUCCAGUCAGGAGCGCAAAGCAGCGAGUUUCACCAAGAAAGAUCCAUUGACUGCAGACAUGAUCAAGGCGAUCAAAGAAGGGUUGGUUCUUCAACUUGCAUAAGUGAUGGAGACUAUAUUCCCUUCUUCUCAUUUCUCAGGAAUGGUGGUGGGAUA